AUGUACGUGCGGGCCCUCUACGACUACGAGGCCGACGACAGAACGAGCUUGAGCUUUCACGAAGGGGACACUAUCCAGGUCAUUACCAGGUUGGAAAGUGGCUGGUGGGACGGCGUGAUCAAUGGUGUGAGAGGUUGGUUCCCAAGCAACUACUGUCAGAUUAUCACGAGCCCGGACGAGAUGCCAGACCUCGAAGACGUCGGCGACACUGAGCGGUUGGAUGAAGAGAACGACGAGCAAGAGGCCUAUGAGGAGGCGCUCGAUGAUGACGACCUAUCCGACCAUGACGAUGGCGAGGAGCUUCCGCUUGAGGGGACUGACGGGGAUCGUUCCAGGGCCGACUUUUGGAUCCCGCAGGCCACGCCGGAUGGCAGGCUCUUCUACUACAACACCAUGACGGGCGAGAGCAGCAUGGAGCUACCGCUGGAAUCUCCCUCAUCGCUAAACGAAACGGGACCCCGAGACCGUAUGAAUGUCAGCAUGCCGGACAGGACGAGGCCGCCACCUGAAAUGAUUGCGAGGGGCCUGACCCAGGAAGAGGAGGAGGAAUCUGACGUGAACUCGGCAUCCGAGUUGGAGGGCGAGGCGUUGAUGAACGCAGCUCGUGGCCCAAUGUCAAAGACUCGCCGACUAGGUGCCAGGGACGGCAUCUCGCCUGCCACUUCGAUGGACUCGAUGAAUGGCCAUUCCCCCGGAACUCGAGUGCGCGGCGACACAGUCGGAAACGGCAAUUUGCAUGCUCCGGUAGCAGGAGGCUCGACCUCGUUCACAAGCUCUGCAUUCAAUUUACCGACGGCUGCCACCAUCCCGCGUUCGUUUUUUGAUGACGGUACCACCCCGCCUUUGACCUGGAGCCGACUCGUUUCGAACAUGAAGAAGUCGGUCGAUCGCUAUCGCCAAGCCAUCGAAAACGGGAACCGGUCAGAGUAUGUAGCACGGGCAGAGGACAUCUCUGACCACUUGCGCCUUCUUCUCGCUGCCGGUUCAGGUACGACCGACAAUCACUCCGGGCAGCCAUCCAUCAUAUCGACCAAUAAGGCCUUGUAUCCGCACUUCCGGGACAUGAUGUCCAAGUUCUCCAAGCUCGUUAUCUCCUCCCAUAUUGCAGCCGCCGACUGGCCGAACGCCGAAUCAGUUCAGAAAUGUCUGCAGGAAGCCGACGGCGUUCUCCUGGGGGUGUUCAGCUACGUCGAAGUCGCAAGACAACAACGCGGUGAAGAGAUCCCACGACUGUUCCCUGGUUUUGUCAUUGGAUCAAGCGCCGGCGGAAGUUGGCAGAACAACGGGUUGACCCCGCGCGACCCCAUAACGUCCAAUUUCCUCGAAGAUGAGGAGGGCGUUGUAGAACCCACUGCUGUUCUCGAUGGCAAGCUUCUCGAGCGAUUGGACGAGCUGAAGCGGAUGCUAGUCUCGAGCAUUCGCGAGCUGGAGAAGAACCUCCUUGUUAGCGAUAAGGUGGUCACCCCCUACAAGCAUGAAAUGAUCGGCAACAAUAUCUGCGUCGCGGGAGGCAAGGUGUUGGACAUGUUCAAGCCGUGGAUCGCCAUGAUCGAGUCGAUCGACCUGUCCCUGCUCGGAAACAGCUUCCAGACGCCGCAACUCACCGAUUUCAGCACCAACAAGCAAAGCCUGUACGAUAAUAUCUCGGAUCUCCUUUUGGGCUGCCAAGCUGUUGCCGGGCCGCUGGCGGAUGAAUGGUCGGAAGUCCGGGGCCAGGCACUGGAAGAGAGGCUAGAGUAUGCCAAGCAAUGUGCCCGGGCCCUCGAGACCAACUCUUCACAUAUCGGUUUCUCCCUUCAACUGCUCUCCGAGCAAGUCUCAAUGGUCCUUCAGCAGCAAGAGGUGCACAUGCGCGAGGAAGCUAUCCAGAGGGAACCACUCAGGAGGAUGGAGACCAUGCCAUACGAACAGCCGCAUCGGCGGACAGAAUCCCGGGGGAUGAUGAGGCCAGGUCUACCGAUGGGGUCUCAGUCUUUCACAGAAGGCGAGGCCCUGCCUGCCAACAACUAUCGGAAGGGUGACCCCUCAAAGAUGAAGCGAUUCUUUGGAGAGGAUCCAGAGCCGGUGCCACCACCGGUGGUUGAGGAAACUCCCGAGUUCUUGAACCUGGACCAUGAAAGCGAUUUGUCUUGGGACCUGAAAGUCACGCCUCCGGCUGUCAAGGGAGGUUCUUUGGUUGCCCUGGUGGAGCAGUUGACACGACACGACAAGCUGGACGCCAACUUCAACAACACAUUCCUUCUCACAUACCGGUCUUUUACAAAUGCACGGGAGCUGUUUGAGAUGCUCGUCAAGAGAUUCAGCACCCAGCCCCCGGAAGGGUUGACACAGGCCGAUUACGAGACCUGGCGGGACAGGAAGUUGAAGCCGAUCCGCUUCCGUGUCGUCAACAUUAUGAAGAGUUGGCUCGACACCUUUUGGAUGGAGGACUUCAAUGAGGAGACCAAGCAGCUCAUCCGUGACAUGUUCAACUUUGCCAAGGACACCAUCAAGACAGCUGAAACACCUGGGUCGGCCCCAUUGAUGUCACUCCUGGAUCAGAGACUUGGCGGGAAAGACCUUGGCGGGCGGCGCAUGGUCCAGACAGUCAACCAGAACACACCAUCGCCCAUCAUGCCCAAGAACAUGAAGAAGCUGAAGUUCCUCGAUAUCGACGUGACCGAGUUUGCUCGGCAACUCACCAUCAUCGAAUCUCGGCUGUACAGCAAAAUCAAAUCGACCGAAUGCCUUAACAAGACGUGGCAGAAGAAGGUCGGGGAAGGAGAGCCAGAGCCCGCACCGAAUGUUAAGGCGCUCAUUCUGCACUCCAACCAAAUGACCAACUGGGUGGCCGAAAUGAUUCUGUCACAGACUGACGUCAGAAAACGCGUCGUCGUCAUCAAGCACUUUGUGGCAGUCGCAGAUGUAACACCCCCUUCCUCUUUUGUGUCCGACUUUGUCUGUCAGCAGUGGCUAACUGUGGGACAGAAAUGCCGAGUCCUGAACAACUUCUCGACGUUGACUUCAAUCAUCUCGGCCUUGGGCACCGCCCCUAUCGCCCGCCUCAAGCGGACAUGGGAUCAAGUCCCCCAGCGCGUCCAGGCCACCCUGGAGGUCAUGCGCAAGCUGAUGGCGAGCACCAAGAACUUUGGAGAGUACAGGGAAGCUCUGCACGGUGGCAACCCGCCCUGCAUUCCUUUCUUCGGUGUCUACCUCACGGAUCUUACCUUCAUUGAGGAUGGUAUCCCGUCCAUCAUCAAGAAGACCAACCUUAUCAAUUUUGCCAAGCGGGCAAAGACAGCCGAGGUGAUCCGCGACAUUCAGCAAUUCCAGAAUGUAGCCUACUCCCUGCAGCCUGUGUCGGAGCUGCAGGAUUAUAUCCUGAGCAACAUGCAAGCUGCUGGCGACGUUCAUGAGAUGUACGACAAGAGCUUGCAGAUCGAGCUCAGGGAGCGAGAAGACGAGAAGAUCGUGAGGGUCUUGGCCGAAUCCGGCUUCCUCUGA